AUGCAGGUGUCUAUCGCGUGUACCGAGCAGAACCUUCGCAGCCGGAGCAGUGAGGACCGUCUGUGCGGGCCUCGGUCGGGCCCUGGGGGCGGUAAUGGCGGGCCGGCCGGUAGGGGGCACGGGAAUCCUCCGGCGGGGGGAGGGUCCGGCCCCAAGGCCCAAGCCGCGCUGGUCCCCCGACCCCCAGCGCCCUCUGGGGCCCUCCGAGAGAGCACCGGCCGAAGCACUGGCAUGAAAUACAGGAACCUAGGGAAGUCUGGUCUUCGGGUAUCCUGUCUUGGCCUGGGUACCUGGGUCACAUUUGGUUCUCAGAUCUCUGAUGAGACAGCAGAGGAUGUGCUGACAGUAGCCUAUGAGCAUGGCAUAAACCUGUUUGACACCGCUGAAGUGUACGCAGCAGGAAACGCUGAAAGAACCCUAGGCAACAUCCUCAAGAGCAAAGGUUGGAGGAGAUCAAGCUAUGUCAUCACCACCAAGAUUUUUUGGGGAGGACAGGCAGAAACGGAGCGAGGCUUGAGCCGCAAACACAUCAUUGAGGGCUUGCAAGGAUCUCUGGAACGGCUCCAGCUGGGAUAUGUGGACAUCGUCUUUGCCAAUCGCUCAGACCCCAACAGUCCCAUGGAGGAGAUUGUGCGAGCCAUGACCUACGUCAUUAACCAAGGCCUGGCCCUAUACUGGGGGACAUCUCGAUGGGGGGCUGCAGAAAUCAUGGAGGCCUACUCCAUGGCCAGACAGUUCAAUCUGAUUCCUCCGGUGUGUGAACAAGCUGAGCACCACCUGUUUCAGAGGGAGAAGGUGGAGAUGCAGCUGCCAGAGCUCUACCACAAGAUUGGUGUUGGCUCGGUCACCUGGUCCCCUCUGGCCUGUGGCCUCAUUACUAGCAAGUAUGCUGGGCAAGUCCCAGAUACCUGCAGGGCCACCAUCAAGGGAUGCCAGUGGCUCAAGGACAAAGUGCAGCGUGAGGAUGGCAAGAAGCAACAAGCCAAAAUCAUGGAUCUUCUCCCCAUCGCUCACCAGCUGGGCUGCACUGUGGCCCAGCUUGCUAUUGCGUGGUGUCUCCACAGUGAGGGUGUCAGCUCGGUCUUGCUGGGGGUGUCGAGUGCAGAGCAGCUGAUAGAACACCUGGGUGCCCUACAGGUGCUGAGCCAGCUGACCCCGCAGACGGUGAUGAAGAUAUACGGGCUCUUGGGGAACAAACCACAUUCCAAGAAAUAGUCCGUCGGGGGCGCAGGGACCCAAACCCAGAGCCUCUAAACCCCCCGGUAACAGCUUGUCUGCAGCAGCCUCUCUCCCGCUCCGGAUCCCUCCACGCAGCGGCCACAGCCGGGGUAGUCCCGCCCACUAAAGAGUCCCGGCUUCGGUUGCAAAACGCAUGAACAAAGCCAUAUCCUUCCGCAGUGGCGCUUGAGAGAGAAAGUAGUCCGCCCGCCUCCUGCCGCUUGUCCUUCUAGGCCUUCUUGCUAAACCCGGGCAUGAGCUACUGGGCCUUCUCCUCUCUGCCACUUGGUCUCACUCCCUUCUCUCUUCCACCUAUCGCCGAGGCCC